AUGAGCAGGCGCUCGCCAGAUUCGCUUGACUACCGUGUCCUCACUCCGGUCGUCAGCGUCUAUGCAGACUUCUUGGAGGCUGGGUGGACGCCGACGUAUGAGGAAAUGGAGGUUCGCCCCAAAUAUGGGGCCACCUCGCUCAGGGACGCAACAAAUGCAGGAGCCAAAAACUCAGACUUGUGUCGGUUUGCGCUGCUUUUAGUCAACUCCACGGACCCAUUGAUGAGAGCAGCAUGUAUCCGGGCUAUCCGUGUGCUGGGUGGCCUCCACGCAACCAGACAGGCAGUUGACCUCAGCAAGCAAUGCCACAAGGCACUUUGCCGGAUCUGCCCAUUGGCAGUGUGGAUUGUUCCAGAUGGGGAAACGGUGAACAUCUGCAUGCUGCCGCCGGAUCCAAAGACACAAAAGCCGUAUCAGGGACUUCCACCGCAGGGCCUCUCCAUAGCCUUGCCCAGGAAGUCUUUUCACUUGGCACCAUUUGCCUACUCGAUGUGGCUUUAUCUACAAGAUGAAGUGGUUCGCAGCGAGUCUGGCACCAGGAUCUUCCACAUCAUGAGCCACACCACGCCAGCGAGCACCGUGCCGCAGAUUCAACUCUUUCUCGCCCCAGGAGGUGACAAGGACUACAGCGCGUGUCGCUUCGAGGUCCGCCUCGGCGAGAGCCACUUCGUGCCAAACGAGGGCACAGCAGGCCUCAAGCGGCAUUCCUGGGCGCACGUUUGUCUGGUUCUGGGUCGGAGGAACAUAAUCCUGUAUGUCAACGCAGAGGUGGCAAUGGAGAAGGAAACCUCAGGCAUGCAGCAAUUCUCGAACCUUCGCGGGCCACAGCGGGGUACCUGCUAUGUUGGGAUACCACCACCAGAUGUGGUCCCUUACCAUGCCAUGAACUGGUUCUUUCCUGGCUACAUCUUUGAUUUGGCAUACCAUGAUGAGGGGCUGAGUGCAUCACAAGUCCAAGUGCUCCAUGCGGGAGGACGUCGUGCACUUCCGCUCAACCUCUCGAAAUUUGAAUCUGCAGAGGAUACAGAGUCAUGCUGCAUCUUCCCCUACAUGCAUAUGAAACCAACUCCACUGAACUGGCUGGUCACUAGCGACGUGUGGGAGAAGCUCGAGGGGCCAAUUCUCGGCCUGCUGGCUUCAAAGGAUCACUUGAUGAACGAGACAGAGGUUGACGAGUUUCAGCUGGAAGCUGUGCGCACUUUGCGCUCCGCAGCCAGCAAUCUCUUAGCAGCCUGCUUCGACCUGGACGAGGUUUGCAGCCCCCGGCUGCGACAAUGGGCAGUGAACUUUGCUCAAGUGAAGCUGCAAGUGCCGCCGGUAAUCAAACUCCACUUGAAUGAUGAGUCCUUCUCGUUUGAAUUCAAGCUGCGGUUUCGACAGUAUAGUAACUUGGAGGAGGGAGCCAAAGUCCAGACCAUCAUGGCCAACGUCAACGAGAAGCCUCUUGGUUGCCUCCCCAAACUGGGCCUGAUGGUUGGCUGCAUUGCACAAUUGGCUAUGUUCCUUGGACAACUCAACUUAGUGGACGGGAAAACAGAAUUGGCUGCGGCGUGGGAUGGUGAGGAGCCACGAAUCACCAUCGAGAGCUACACGAAAGACAUGUUUCGCACCGAAGCCUAUUUGGGAUGUGAAGUGCAAGUCACAGGAAGUGUGAAGAAAAUCUGCAACCAGCUUCUUUGCGACCUUGCGUAUGUACGCGUUUGGGACAACUACGAGCCUGCUGAGAAGCUCAACAAGGAGUUUGCAGAUGCUGGAGCACCCAAUGCCAUGUUGGUGGCUGGGAAUCAAGCUGUUUUCGUGUGCUUGAUGCCCAUCAUUCAUGAGGACCGCGGCUACAUACUAGACGCUGUGCCAAUGUCUGCAGAAACUGGCCCGGCAGUUGCAACAACAUCAGCUGCACAAAAGUCAGGACCGAACACAAAAGUGUUUCCAUCCGUGCGAUCUCGAUACAAUGUGUCUCUGCAAUGGCCGGGAUGUCUCUUCUGCUCGCAAGAUUACGUGCCGAUUUACACUGCUCCCCGGGCCAUUUCGGAUGGUUUGGUACUGCAGGACGGCUUACUGCCGCACAGUUGUGCAGUUCUUCGUGCAAACGCGUCUGCGGGCAUGGCGCUGCCGGUGGGCACUGGCAGUUGGCCUUGCGCGCAGCAACUCGGCCUCGAAGAGCGCGGUGCUUACCAGUUCGAGUGGCUGAUACACCAUCCUUCCUCGGUAAACGGCUCUAUCAAGAAGGAGCAGUGUGCAGUAGGCUUGCUCCUGCAAAAUGAUUUCUCGGAGCUCUACCGCACUAGCUGCGCCACUUUGGAUGUGACGUUGGACACCAGGAUGGCACAGCAAACCCCUGACCGACGCCUGAAUGACUUGCAGGAGGCAAAGGAAUCAGUCAAGAUCAGCCUGACGCGGCGAGGAUGCAUUUUGAGGAUGCAGCUACUCUUCGUGGACUCGACUUUGUGGAUCUCAAUGUUCUUGAAUGACAUUCUGAUCGAUGCCCAAAGUCUUGUACUUCCACCCAAGUCUGUCCUGGUUCCAUUCGUGCAUCGAGGACCGGCUGGCCAAAUGUUUCAGUCGCUUCCGAGUCUUUUCUCGGGCUUCAUGGCAGAUUACUUCAAGUUCCAACUCCCAGGCAAGAAGGAGCGUCUCAGCCAGCUGCCGGUAUCUCACAUGAUAUGGCCCAGCUUUGAGCACGGUAUCACUCCUCCAGCCGUAUCCACAUCAAACUCCAUUUAUGCUGCCUACUGCAAUUUCCGUGACUUCGAAGCAGAUGUUCUGCCGCAUCCAAGCAACGACACCGUGCUGGAGCGAAUCAACAUCCCCUUGCUGGAUCCGCGAGCUGAGAAAACGCGCGCGCUCCUGGAAGCCAUCCUGGAGGGGGCCCUGCGGGACAAAGACUCAGGCGAGGUCCGAUUUCCAGAGGAUAUGCCACUGCUCGGCGCUAUGUGCUCAUCGGAGCAGAUAUGGAGGUUUGUGGCCCGCAAGCGCAAGGAGUCUGAACUUUACUUGGCAAUCGAAGCGCUGCUCAGCAGCCGGGCUACGUUCAUGGGCCUUGCCGAAGCAACAAAGCGGAAGCGCUAUGCUCUGCUGGCGCUGGGCAUCCUGCUACGCUUCCCUCAUGCCUAUGAGGCCUUAUUCGAGAUGGGAUUUCUGCAAGUGAUGGCGGCAGAAAUUUCAACUGGUUUGCAAGCAGUGCAUGAUGAGGCUUCAGACACCAGUGGGCUGACAGCUCGCCUCAGCACUCGAGCGUUGCGAGCGGAUUCCUGGAAAAAUCGUUUGCAGGCGGCCAGGAACAUGUAUUCGCUACUCAGCACAACCUCUCACCUGGUCUCUCCUGUGGAAGCGCCAACUUAUAUAGACGUCUUCAGCGAGACGCGCUCACUGGUCGGAACCAGUACACAGGAACGUGCUGAAGUCAGCUACAUACUCCAGGAAUGCCAGGAUGCAAUAGCCACGGACAUUGGCAAGUUCACCGACGCACUGCGGACUUACUCGGCUGGAGCCGUGGGGCUGCGGACUCCUGGAUCUCCGGACAACGCGUCCGUCAUCCUUAGUGUCCUGAACACAUUGACCCACAUGAUUGGGCGGGACGAGUAUCCGACGCGAGCUGCAGAAAGCGAGCACCAGGCACAGCGUUUGAAGAUGCAUGCGUCCAGCAACGUCUACGAAUGCCACAUUCCAGAUGCAUCCAACAUCGUCAUCACGUUUGACAACAUUCCUAUUGGGAACGGCUCUGUGGAAAUCCUGGAAGGUGGCAUUCGUCGAGGAAUUUGGUCGCGUUUCAAUGCUGAUGAAGCAGACACCUUCAAGCCAGAGCCCAAGCGGCCCAAGCAUGCUGGCGGCAAGCCAGAAAAUGCUGUCCGAAGUGUGUCACCCGGGUCAAACGGCGUGCCAAGUGUGCCAGCACACUUGCAAUCGGACACUUUCCAAUGGAGAUUCAAAUAUGAGUCCGAGGAGAUCCUGAGCUCGGUGCAGGAUCACGAGGACUCCGUGGAUCGCGAAAAUCGAGGAUACCGCUUCGUGGUCCGUCCCGUGUGGGACACCGACGACGCACAGACCAUUCUUGCGAGACGGCAGCUCAUUUUGGACAAGCCAGGCUUUGUGAAGCUUCUCACCAGCUUGCAUUCGCAAGCAAAGGGCCUAGGUGUGGGAGGCGAGAAGGUCCAGAACGAAGUUGACUUGAAAGUGAUCAUGCUGCUGUCUUUUCUGGCACAACGAGGCGGCAAGCCUCCACAUCCUGCUAUGAUUUCUGAAGAUGCCGCCGUGGAGAAGAUCAUUUUCCAGAUGAUGUUCCAGCUCUUGGAGAACAGACCAAGCAUUGAGCAGCAAUGUGGGGUCGGUGGGAAAAGGCGGAUGCUGCUGGAUCGGCAGCACAUCUCUGUUGCCCGAUUUUACCAUGGCGUCUCAUCAAGCGAAGAAGGGCGUCAGCAUUUUGCCUACCACCAGGAGGCCAUCAUGAGGAUAGUGGACAUUGCCAACAACAACACUCAAGGUACUGGCAAGCCGGACUGCCAGCCAACACCGCAUCAAGCGCUUUGCUACGAUGGCAACUACAUCAUCCGCUGCUUAACCAACUUCUCCAACAAGCCAUCAAAGUGGGCCUUAUCAACCUCUCUCAACUUGCUGCGACCAAAGCAACAUGCCGCUGGCUGGAUGUGCGAGUUCGCUCGUGGAGAGGUAGUCUGGAGCCUCUCCUUGCACAUCUUCCUUAUGGAUGAACACCGAGCCGAUGUGCCAGCAAUUGUCUUCUACAAGGGCACGUCACCAUCAGAGGUGCAGCUGGCAGUUGGGGUGGGCCAUGCGACUACCGUGGCAACUGAGACGAAGGUCAUUCCUGGCUGUCAUCCCAUCAUUGUGAGGUACACCCAUGAUGGUCGCCUUAAAACGCUCACCAUUGCCAAUAAGUUUGUGGAAAUCUACCGCUGGGCUCAUUUGGUUGUGGCCAUUGACAGCGCAAACAUGGCAGUCGUCAUGAACGGCGAGCUCAUCCAGACGUACACACUGCAGUGCGAGCUAACUGUGAACUUCCAGCCUGGGCAUCAGGACACCUUUCUUGGUGCUCCUCCCUGGGAAUAUGGCAGGUCCACAACUGCAUCCGCAUGGGUCUACCAACUAAUGCUGCUGGGUGGCACAGCCAUGGAGCCGCAACAUGCCAAGGAGGUGAAAGCCCAGGAUGAGCUAAAGGCGCGAAUUCAAUGA